GAGAGGGGAGGGGAGAGAGGGAGAAACAGACAGGACCAGACAGACGUCCGUUAGCAGUUUAGUCGCCGGUCACUCGGCGGAAAACACGGAACCAUUAUAACUGAUUUCUAACGGACGGAACCGGACAUUUAAAGUAGCCGAACUACGUUUUUUUUUUUUUUUUAACAGCAACGUUAAAACUACAUUUAACGGCUGUACCGACACUUCUGCGGUACGCCGAUUAGAUAGAUAGAUAGAUUAGAUAGAUUUCGAGAGGAAGAGGAGGAGAAACCGGAGAGAAGAGGAGGAGGAGGUGGAGAGAACCGAGACAGGAGGAGGACGGACGGACCGGAGGGGAAGGAGAGGAGGCUGGAGAGAAAAGAGAAAAAGGGAGGAUUUUUUGGCUGGAGUUUGGCGUGGCUUUUUGGUCUCCUCUCCUUCUUCCGAAUCGCCUUCUUCUUCUUCUUCUGCUCCAGCCCUUCUCUUGUCUCCUGUCUGCCUCUCCCGGAGUAUUUAUGUCUGAUUUUAGGAGGCUUUAAAUGUUGAACUUGAUGGGUGUUUUAAACGCCACCGCCGCCAAUGUCUCCUGUACUUGUAACUGCAAGCGCUACACCUCCCUCCAGAGCAUGGAAAUCACCCAGCUGGAGUUCGUCCAGAUCCUGGUGAUCGUGGUGGUGAUGAUGGUGAUGGUGGUGGUCAUCACCUGCCUGCUGAACCACUACCGCCUGUCAGCACGCUCCCUCCUCUCCAGACACGCCCCCGCACGCAGGAGACACCUGCCGCUGGCCAACGAGGGGGGUCUGUGGUCCUCUGAGGGAACGGGGACAAACAGUGGUCUGAAUGAGCACCAGGUGUAUAACCCCCGCCCUCCAGACCGAGGGGUCCACUCAUCCUACCUUCAGCGGGAGCCUCAGCAUGCCCAGUCCCAGACGCAGCCUCCAAUCCAGUCUCAGCGCUUCCAGCACACGUACGCCCCGAGUCGCUUCCAGCCGACGUACCCCUACCUGCCCCAGAGCUUCAUCGAUCUUCCCCCCACCAUCUCCCUCUCAGACGGGGAAGAGCCGCCGCCCUACCAGGGUCCCUGCACCCUGCAGCUCCGAGAUCCGGAGCAGCAGAUGGAGCUGAACCGCGAGUCGGUCAGAGCGCCGCCCAACCGAACAGUGUUCGACUCCCACCUCCUCGACCCAUCCAACUCCUGUCUGCAGGCCAGUCUGCAGGCUCCUCCUCCAAGUGUCCAUUCAGGCAUCAGUGUGUUAGAAGCCCAGGAGGCCUUGUCCCGGCAGCAGAAGCAGGGCUCUCGAGUAGAGGGAGCUCCCCCAACCUACAGCGAGGUGAUCGGGCACUACUACCACCCGACGUCCCUGAAUUCCAGCCACAACCAUCGGACUGUAUCAUCCUCACAAGCGCCCCCGUCCUCGCUCAUACACGGUCUGCUCCGACCUCCGCCUCAGCAGCAAGGAAGUGUGGACAACAGGAAUGCAAGGAAUACAAAGGAGAAGUCCCAGAAGCCCCAGCAGGUGUGACAGUACUGCUUCCUCUUUCCUAGCCUGCGGGAAAAACCGGGAUUAUGUCUCACCGCUUGGGAAACAGUCAGAAGCCGACAAGGAACAACCUGGUCGAUGGUAAAAAUCCACUCUGAAUGGUUUAAGCUGGUUAGUUGUAGUUGUAGCUGACGCGGUUUCCCCUCUUCAUGGAUCGGGCUAGGACUGAGAAGCAGCAGCACACGCCGGCUUCUCGUUAGGUAAGAACACCUAGAAACCACAUCACUCCUGCAGAGCACAGUCGCAGGAGAACAUCUGGUACUUCCUGCUCCACAGCUUCCUACUUCCUGUCUGAGAGGCACUUCAGAUGAACCCAUGAUGAUGAUGUCAGAGAAGGAGGUCAAAGGGUGGAGAGGGGAAAGGUGGCUACAGACGCCUCCCUCCUCCCUUAACAACUCCACCUCAUCCCUCCUCUAUCAGACUGAUCGAACUAGUCUUCAUUCAUUAUAAAUAUUUACUUGUUCUGUUUGUUUCUAUAGAACUUUUUGUUUGUUUGUUCGUCUACUUCGCGCUUACAAGAAGAUUUCUAUUCAGGCAAAUGGCGAAAUGUGGCAGUCAUCUUUUUAGGAGUCAUCAGGUUUUAGGAUUUGUUUUGUUUUCUAGUGAUAAUCCCCCGCUCGCUGCUUUGACUCCGUUUAGCUCUGUUCACAACUGCACAGUCCAACGUUGGCAGCGACUCCUGCACCAGGCUUUAGCUGUAUCACUGAGACAUGUUAGCACACAAGAAUAUUUCCAGAAAGAGUUUAGAUGUAGUUAGCAUUUAUCUUAAACUAGCUUACCAGUUGUAGCACAGUGCUAAAAGUCCUUGAGCUAAACGUUCUGCCUUAUAUCGACCAACCGAUGCAGGAGUUGUCGCUGAAAUUUUUUUAUUUUUUAUGUUACGUUUCCUGAAGAAGGUUUGCACAAAGUUCAAGACUGUUCACCACAGAAAAAGAAAAAAAAUCGCAAUAUGAUUGAUAAGAGAGAAAAUAGAGAAAGUAGGGGUAUUUUUCUAAACUAGAUGGAUUCUUAUCAGUAAAGACUUUUUUCUGUUUGUUUUUAUAUGUUGUCUAGUUUUAGAAAAAAGAAACAAACAUCUGUAAUCUGUUGGGGUGCCAACUUUCACGUUGAACAUUUUGCUACAUACAUGUUGGCAUGUAUAUACGUUACAUAUGGAGUAUAUAUACACACAUGUAUGCAAACUGAGAGCGGACUUAAAAAGCACGAAUUUAGAGUUAUUUAUAUAAUUGCUGAAAAGAAUUGCACUAUUUUUUAGUAUGCGCAGAUGGAACGUGUGAGAGAGACUUUUAUUGUGAAGGAGCUCUGUCUAUUGAGGCGUAAAUACAAAGAGAGAGUCCUGAAACCACAGGGGACUUAAAGGGUCGGACCACAUCAGUGCACAGCGGCCAGUAUCAUCAGAACAUAUCAUGGGGAGAUUCUGACUUUGGUCCAGCGGACUCGGACCAACCAUUACUGUACCAUUGAUGUUUAAAAAAAAAAAAAAAAAAAAGUCCCUGGUUUAUGCAAAUGUCCGAGUCCCGCAAGCCAACCACAAGUCAGCAUCCAUCCUGAUGGGCCCAAUCAGAAACUCUGUUCGUAGCUUUCUCUCUCUCUCACCCUAUUGGCCGAAUCGUUAGCCAAUCCCAAAGCAGGCUGUCACUACCUCGACCAAACAAGUCAAGCACAUACGAGUUUGCUUCACGUUAAUCAGAUAAACAGAUGUCUGAACCAAUCAAGACAAUGUGUAAUGUAACAGUAGAGAAGAGUAAAGUAGAUUAGGAUGUAGUAGAUUUAGCUUUUAAUCCUGUUGCGUGUAAUUUUUAUUUGAAUGUCAAGAGUUUUUGUUCACCGGGUGAGAGGAGAGCGGGAACCUAGCAGAUCCAGUGACACCUAACGUCCCCUUUGUAGUGCACUACUCAGGAAGGAAGCCAGGUCGCCCUACAGGCCCAAAAUGUGUGAUACACUGACUGUGCACUGCUGUGGCCACACACAAACACACAAGAUCAACAUGUCUGGUCACACACCUGCAGAUUAAUCUCUCCUGCCUUUUCAACAAACAAAAACAGUCUCCUGUGGUGAGUUUCUCUCUCUUGCAGGCAUCUCUGAGCACUUUACUGCACCAGGAAAGAGACAACAAUCUUCUGUCAGCCAGCGUCGGCCAGGAUGAAACUUUAAAACUACAGUCGAACCUUUACAUUUUCUAGAUUUAGCUCUCCAACCUUUAGAGCCACACUUUUAAAAGAUGCAAAGACUUGUGCUCCAAAACUUAAACUGUAUAACUUGUAAUGCUUAUGAUCAGGGCUGGGUGUUUUCUGGAGGUUUUUCAGAACUACUACCAAUAAAACACCUUACUUUAAGAAUCAAAUACUUCACUUUGAGAAAUAUAAAUGGCUUUUUCUUCACCCUGCCGUUAAAUAUGCACAAUAUGUACAAGAACUUUAGCUAAAUAAAAUACAGUCUACAGUUGGAAAAAUCAGGAACUAGCGUAUUGAUGCAUUGAAGUUCAAUACCUAAAAACCAACCCUUUGAAAGAUUAGUCACCUUGUGUCCUUUCAAAAACAAUUUGGUCUAUUUCAUAUUUCUAUUUUACCUCUUGCUGUAUGUUUCAGUUUUGGAAUAGAACUCUUUGUGUUGAAUACAGCACAAGAUGGGUUGUCGCAAACUAGACACGCUGAAGUGUUGAAAAGUGACACGAGUGUUAAUAGCAACUCGUCUUGUGUGAUCUCUUUAAGAGUGUGGUAAUAAAGGUAAAACGAUUGUUAGCUAACUAAAGUAAAAGAUUAGAGUAAAUAGACAUUUCUAGUUUUUCUCUUUUAAGUUGCUGCUUUUAAAAGUGUUCACUUUGACCAACACUCUUUUAACCCUGUGGUCUGACCAGUUAUUCUGGAUUUAUAUUGAUGUGAAGGCACCACAGGCAGACCCCAAAUGAAGCCAGCGCCCUCUAGUGUCCAGUCUUUAUGCAACAGCGCCCUCCACAGGGACCAAACCGAACUGCAGCCAAAACUCCUGAAGCUUAACUUUGGAGCCUGAGGAGAGAGGAGCGUUAAAGGCCAAAAAAAAAAAAAAAAAGAUGUUUAUAAUCUGAUAUGGUGAAUAUUGAAUUCCUUUGUCUUCUCUUUCAUUUUGAACUCACAGAUGUCUGUGGCUGAAUGUACAGACUGCCAGUUUCUGUCACAUUUGAGACACAGAACUGAGCAUCAGUUUUUCAAAACAAUAAAUCCCUUUAGAUCUUUGGAAACUCCAGAUGGUCAUUAAUCAACACCUGCUGCCAUUUUGAAGAUAUUUCCAGAAUCCUCAGAGUCCCUUAAACAUUUGGACAAAAAAAGUAUAAUAGCUGCAUAAUAAUAAAAAAAAAAAGGUGUGACUCUGUAUCCUGAGCUGAAAGAGGCAUGUCUCUGUACAACCAGAACAAUGUAAAAACAUACUUAAAUGUAUAUAGUUUUUGUUAUAUUUCUCUAUAUUCAUAUUCUUUUCCAUAUUUUAAUCACAUAAUCAACAGUUAAACAUUUUUAUUUUUCUUGUAAUUUAAAAAACAAGCAAGGACAUAUUUCUGAUAAUCUGGUUUAGGAAAAAGAGUCACAUCUUUGGAAGCAAAUCAUUUUUAUUGUACAGCUGUUGGAUUUUUUUUUUUUAUCCAGACAUGUAGAGGAGUCUUUGGGGAGGCUGUAAAUACCUUUAAAACAGCUGUAAGUGUUUUUAGAUUGUCAGGGUGGUACAGGUCUGAUGUUGUCAUGUCUGUCUAAACAGGAAAUUAGUUCAUACAUUUUUUCUAUUUAAAGAGACAUGAGUAUGUUAGAUUAUCCUGCAAGAAAAGCAUACUGUUAGAACAACACUUUAACUCCUGUGAUGUGAAAGACGACAAAAAGUUAAGACAAAUAAUCAAAAGCCAUUUCUGUAUGAUUCACCUUCCCUCUGUCUUAUUUACUGUCUCUCUUUCUCCUUUGCUCCUGUGCUGCACUGCCAUGUUCGCAUUUUUAUAUUUAAUGACAAGCACUUGAAGAAGAAAAAAAAUCAUGAUCUAAAGAAAUUAAUCUCUUGACCCAAAGGAGUGAUGAUUGGAUCAAUCAAAGUAUGAAUCACCUUUCACCUUGUUAUGAGAUUAUGAGCCUGGUCCUAAAGCAAAUUUAGCUAACUUAUUUACCUUUCGUUUUACCUUUCCUCUCCCUUCCUUUCUCUCCCCAACUGUGAUACUUGUACUUGGACCAGGCAGUUUCCUUUUUUAAAACGGUUUGGUUUCCCUGCUCUGGAGGGUUUGCAGCGGGUAUGAGAAGGCUGGACGGGCUCUGAUCAGGGCUUCACUGUAGAAACUAAUGAUAUUAAUAAUAAUUUACCUGUAGUUGAGUUGAAGAGAAAUAAAAUAGUGUAGGACCAAUCUCUCGAUUCAGGGAAACCUGCGCUGGCUGAUGAUACAAAAAAAAAAAAAGACAGGAUGAGAGGAAGGGAAACUCCUAAAGUGGCUCGGUGGAAACACAAAACACACAUUUACUCACACAGAUAAUAAUGCACCACACUGCCUACACAAACACACUGGUAUGUUUACAUGCAGAGAGAUGAGAGCAGCUGUCCCAUGGUUCAAUGAGUUUCUACCUUUCUUUAACCACUGUUGAUGAAAGGAUAGGUGUUACCCUUUCUUCAUUCAUAGUCACAUGCCCAUAUGUUUGUUGGAAGAGUUACCGGUGGCUGUAAUCAUUCCUCCUCCAAGCCAUACUGGUUGUGAAGAGAUUCCCAUGUAGCAUAAUUAAACUUUAAGAUACUCGGGAGAAAAUCCACAGUCCUUAUUCUGUGUAAAAAAAAAAACAAAAACAUUCUGACAGGAAAAGUUCCACAUGUUGGGAAACACACUCUCUUUCUUGCUGAGAGAUAGAUGAGAAGACUGACACCUCUCUCAUCCUGCAGGGUAAAUAUGAAGCUACCACCAGCAGCCAGUUAACUCUUAAACAACCAUUAACAAGUGAGCUUUAGAGAUGCUGGUCGGUGAGUUUUGUUAUCUUUUCGUGCAGAGCCAGACUAGCUGUCUCCCCCUGUUUCCAGUCUUUGUGCUAAGCUAAGUUAGCACUCUGGCUGUAGCUUCCUAUUUUGCAUACAGACACGAGAGUGGUAUCAAUCUGAUCAUCUAACUCUCAGCAAGAAAGCUAAUUAACAUGUCUCCCAAAAUGUCGAACUUAUCCACUGAACAUAGACUCUUGAGAACCAGUGGUGAAGGACAGUGUGGCUUUCUUUCUCAUUUUUGAAGAUUCCUGAUUGUGUUGCUUGACUCUUCAAACCAACAUAUCUGCAUGUGAGAAUUAUGUUAAGAAUGACUUGAAAAAAAUCCAAACUUUGCUUUAAAGUUCAGUUCGAGUCAGCUGACCCAAAUCCACAUAAACAUAUGAAACCAAUCAGAGCUUAAAUCUCUAAAAAUCUGUCUAGACCGGUGAUAAUCUCUGUCUGUUUGAACUGGUCACAUGUUUCUCUUUGCUUUAAGCCAGCGUGAAGACAGUGUAAGUGUCAGUUAGUUAGCAUAUUAGCUUAUACAGCUACAGUGCUUUUGUAAAGUCAGUGGUCGACGUCUCUUCCCAGAGCGAUGUCAGUGUGCUGUUAAUGUACACCGACUUGCCCUGGGAAAGACCUCCAGCUGUCUAGACAAAAACUAAACACACACACACACACACACACACACACACACACACACACAGAGCAGACUAAAUAAACUAACCUAAGAACCAGACCUUCCACACACACACACAGGUGCAUUUUCAUUCAUUCACGUUCAUGUUUCUCUCUUAUUGUGGACCACACAGGAUAGCAAAAACAUUUAUCUCACACACAGACACACACACACACACCUGCCUCCCCCUCCCCCCUCUUCCUGUCUGAAUGAGCUCUACCUGUUCCCUAGAGAUGCCUGCUCGUCCAAUGACAGAGCUCCUUCUCAGACCGGCCCUCGCUGCCAUUGGCCGGCUGUCUUUCGGUCUCCCUGGUAACGUUCGUCGUUUAUUAUUGUUGCUAUGUCGUUACAAGUGUGCCUGCCUGUGCUGAGACGGGCAAAAAUGUGAGUGGCUAGUUUUGGGCUGUCAAUCAUCCCAGGCCACGCCUCCUUACUGUCUCACAUGAUGAUGAUAAUGAUGAUGAUGAUGAUUGGAUGAUGAUGAUGAGAUUGAGGAUAAUGAUGAUGAAGAUGUUUUUGAUAGUGAUGCCGCAGAGAGCGUUGCAAUACACCUACUAUUUGCCUUUUUGAUAAUAUUAGUCAUAUUUUAACGUAGUGUGCUAAAUGUAAGUUUUUUUUAUUGUUGUUGUUGUUAUUGUUGUUUAUUCACUUGAGAACAAAAAAAGGUCAUUUUAUUAUCAAUCCACUGAUCACAAAAAAGUUUUUUUUUUCCCCACUUGUAAAACCAACUUUGAGAGUGUAAAACUACCUAACACACAAAAAGCUGCAGAUCACUGGGGGAGGACAUGUAAAUACAAGAAAAUGUACUUCUGCUUUUAAGUGCCCUUUCCAGUUUAAAGUGUGCGUGUUAGUGUGUGCAGCUGUUUGAAGAGUGUGACUCAUCGGGGGAUAAAAGCAACAAAUCCCCUGCAUUUUUACGUACAUCACCUGAGAACAGCUCAUAUUUAGGCUAGCUAGAUUUGUGCAAACUGCCGCUGUACACUCACUUGAUCAUUUUGGAGCACAUUUUUGCUCACGCACUUACAAGUUCAAGUAUACUUCUUUGUGCAUAUACAAACAUCAAGUCCCUGGUAACCCAGUCCACUACACCCCUAAUCAUCAUCACGUCUCCUCGCCCGGCCCAGCGUCUACAUGUGUGCCUUCUGGUUGCCGGUGUUCAGCGGAGACCUCAUCUGUCUGUAAAAUGCAUUGCAGUGCAAUGAACCCCUCAAAUACUCUGUUACUGUUGUCUUUUGACACUUAGACACUGGACAGCACCAACACGUACAAGAAAAAUAUGACUGUGACAUGGCCAUGAUAUGUGGAAGCCCAUUCACACCAGGAAAAAAAUGAACAAAAAUCAAGAAGAAGGAAGUGUGCAUUGCUCAACAUUUAUGUUGUCAUGACAACUGAGCAACAGCUCCACGUGCUGAAGAAGAUCAUGUGAUACAAUUGAAAGCUACAGAACAAUUACUGAGUGAAACUUGUUUUAGAUUGUUUUUAGUUUUAAAAUCUGAUGUUGUCUUUUAUGUGGCGUGAAUGGGCUUCCAUAAUCAUGGAAAAAGAUGUCAAAUACAACAAAUUUUGCUUGCUAGGUACUCAUGCUGCAUUCCAGAGACAUCAGAAAGAAAGUUAUUUUACUUCUGACAUUUAAUGGAACGCAACAUGUGAAACACGUUUUCAUUUCUGUUCCUCUAAACACACACAACAGUCUAGUUUUCUGUCCACAGCAUCAUUAAAGACAUUUCCAAAGAAGGAAUCAUCCUAAACAAACAAAAAAAAAAAAAAAAAAAAAAAACCUAACAAGAGUCACACCUAACUUUUCUGUUAUUUUUAUUUUCUGGACAAACAUUUUGCUUUACAGGCGCCUUUUUCCAGUUUCUGUAACUCUCUUGUAAGUAUUUUAAGUACACAGUAACACAUACUAGUACCAGUUUGAAAGACAAAAAAAAACAUUGUACCCUUAACACUUGCUGAUAGUGAACUGGAGAAAGGCGAAGUAUGAAGCAAACUGUUUUCCCUUUUUGUGUUUUUGCUCAUUCUGCAUCGUUGUGUUCUCCUCUGCUCGCUCUGCUCUUGAAUCAGCGUCGCGUUGGCGCCUUUCCUCUGACAAUGUUGAAGAAAAAGAUACAAAAACACUCUCUUUUGGUUGCAGUAUGUAUGUGUGCGUAUUUAAACAAGCCUCGAUAUCUUAACAGGACACGACGCUCGUCCGCCACAGUGACUAUUGUAGAAGUCUUCCACCUGUCGUUGAGUUUUUAUCCUGCAAGCAUGUAAAAAAAUGUGGGACUUGUACAAUAGAUCAGUUUGCUCUGGUCUGGAUUCCUACAUCUGCAUCUGGUCCGGGAGUUUUAACAGACAAUAAUGUGAUUUUGUCCAGAAAAAUAUUCAAGAAAUCAUCAGCGGUGUCAGGACCAGAUGUCAGAUAAGAAGCGUAGGAACCCUGAUCUGUUCUUGUAGAAAAACGAUGGAUUUCCCUGAAUUUAAAUUUAGCACCAGGCUCAUGAAUCUUCCUUUGAAGUACAACAUGAACACAGUGCUGAAGAAAAUUUAGGGUUUAAAUUCAGUCUGUUAUUUGUCACAGCAUGGCUCACACAGUUAUAUAGAGGCCUACUUAUUCUCAAUGAUAAUAAUUGCUUAUUUGUGUAUUAAAAACAGUUUAUUUUAAUUUAUAUUGGAUGGUCUACGUGUUGCCGGGUUUGUUAUGUUGUUAUUUUCUUCUAUGUUUGUUACAAACAGAAGACAAUGGUUUAUCGUUGUUGUCACAGAACAUGGUAUGAAUCGGACACAUUUCAGUUAGCCUUCGAUUUAAAAAAUGAAUAAAAAGGUUUUAUAAAUACA